GACAGUAUAUUAGUCUCAAAGCAGUUGAUUAAUUAAAUAAGAAAAGCAGAAAAAUUCUGCACGUAGAAGAAAAAGUGAAAUGGAAACCCUCGAGAGAGAAUCUGAGCUCACCAAAUGCAAAAAGAAAUUUCUAUCGAAUUAACAAUUCAUUGUUUCAUAUAUAAGCAAGAAUAUCAACUUUCUUGAAAAAAAAAUUUAUAAUUUUAGAUAUAAUUUACUAACGCAAAGAAAUUUUGUUAAUAUAAAUUUUUUCAAGAAGAUUUGACAUUCUAGCUUAUGUAUGAAACAGUGAAUUGUUUAUUUCAUACUAAUUUUUUCUAUAUAAUAUGAUAAUUUUGAGCAAGGUUUCAGAAAUAAGAUUUAUUAAAUUCACCGAUUUUAACUACAGAAAAUAUUUUAGUUUUGCGAUUUUAAUUCGCUGCAAUAUCUGUAUUAAGCGAAUAGAUAAUGGCAGACAGUUCGUAAUCGUCGUCACAGUGAUAUCAUUAUUAUUACGUAGUCGUAGUGUAUCACGAAAGUCUAAUAUAGAUGGCGAGACUCGCGCGUAACAUUUCGAUUCACAGAGGCAUCGAGCAUGCCGGCAGCCAUACUUAUUAGUGCUGCUGCUAUCUGCUGAUACAGCUUUUAUAAUACACAUUGGCACCGAUGAGAGACUUUCGUAAAAUCUUCAUGGCGUAUUCCUACCAAAACGAACAUAUACGUGUGCAAUUUUGUCAAUAACAACGCAAAUUUGUCGAUUGAAAAAGAAAAUUGUCAAAUAAAAAUAAUGUAACAUCUAGAAUACAGAUAUAUAAUAGAGUAAUCAAAGCUAUUUGGAACCACGUCAAUUGGAGUAAUUAAUCAAGAGAUGGAGAUCUGUAUCGAUUCUUUAGAAUCCGCUAGAAACGCGGUGGAAGGUGGUGCCAGCCGGUUAGAGGUUUGCUCGGCUCUCUCGGAGGGCGGUUUAACACCUAGUCCGGGUUUGAUUCAACAAAUAAGAAGCUUCACGACGAUUCCGCUUUACGCAAUGAUCCGCAUUCGCUGCGGUGAUUUCGUCUAUAACCCUGACGAGAUCGAGGCCAUGCUGUACGAUUUAAAAAUUCUCAAAGAUCAUCAUGUAAACGGGUUCGUGUUCGGCGCAUUAACGCCCGAUUGCGAGAUCGACGUAGUCGCAUGUAGGAAGAUUAUUUCCGCCGCUCAAUCCUUGCCCGUGACAUUCAGUCGCGCCUUCGACCUGACGACUGAUCCUAUCAAAUCGAUGGAACUUCUUGCGGAUCUUGGUUUCGAGAGAAUUCUGACAUCGGGACAGAGGAAUACUGCUGUGGAAGGACUAGAGCUGAUAAAAACAUUGUUGGAAAAGGAAACUAGUAGAAAACUAGUGAUUAUGCCCGGAGCUGGUAUCACAAAGAAUAACAUUCGUAAAAUCAUGGAAUCUGGCGCUAAAGAAUUCCACGCGUCAGCGAAGAGAAGGAAAAUGGUAAUCUAUAAUGGCGCGAAUAGAGUCAAAAUGGGAAUCAGUGAGGACGAUUUUGUUAACGUGACUGAUAAGGAGCUGGUGAAGGAAAUGGUCGAGAUUAUCAAGAAUGAAUGUACCACCUUGUGAAAAGUAUAAUUUUAUCAGAAGGUAUUAGAUCAGAGCUGUCCAGGAUUUGUACUUUUAGACUUGAAAUUGAAAUGUGUAACUGUUCAUAUCUAUUCCUUUAUUGCUGUUUUGCCAUAGCGAUUAUAUUAUAAGAUAAUAUUUACAAUAUAUUUAACUAUAAAAAAUAUUACCUAUGAAUUAUAUAUAUUUAUGUAUUAGUAGGUAUAAGAGUACACUGUUAUAUGUAUGUAUGUCUACUUUAAAUGUACUAGAACAAAACAAGCGCGCGCUACGCGAGCGCUAUAAAGCUUUUAAUAGUGAAUGUAUAUUAUAUUUAAAUAAAUAUAAAAAAAUUAAAAAAUUAAUCAAGUUCAAAAAAAUUUUACAUAAAUUAAUAAAAACAAUUUUUUUAAUUUUUUUAUUAUUAUUGAUUUAUGUAAUACAGUUAUAAUUAAGUAUAACUAAAGAUUGUGUGUGUGUGUGUGUGUGUCUGUGUGUGCUUCUGCUUCUGAAUAAUUAAGGGUCAUAGUAGUAGAAAAAAUGUUCUUAAUCCGUUACCAUAAAAAAAUUCGGUGGUAAACAGCGGGAAAUUUUUUUUAACAUCGACAUAUACUUAAAAAAGAUCUUAAAAAAAAUUUGUUGACGAUACAUUAAAAUAUCAUCGCUGAAAUUAUGCAAAAUUUGAUUGCAUGUAAUUUCAUCAAUUUGUAUUCGGCGAUGCCUUGAGUCGUUCGUUGAUGUCGGUCUCGAUCAUAAAGAUAGAUCAUGCGCUGAGCCGACCACGAAUGUCUAACUUUGUAUAACUUCCCGAUUCAAGUUCUCAAAUAGAAAUGGUUGUAUUUUGAUAACUCUAGAUAGCAUUAUACUCGAAUAUCUGAGGUUAGCUACUAAAUUUAUAAUAUUAAAAUAUAUACUAUAAUAAAUAAUAAUAUUCAAA